CGGUCCAAUCAUUGCAGAGGUGGGCGUGUCUGCCAGCUGAGGGAGGAGAUUGGCAACGCGGCCUGAUAGCUGGUUUGUCAGUUGAGGAGAGGCAAGAAGAGCGAGUGCUGCUGCUGCCGGGGCUGAGGACUUCAGAAUCAACAUGAUAUCCAUUCCAGACUUCUACAGAGGGAAGAAUGUCCUCAUCACAGGGGCAACUGGCUUCAUGGGAAAGGUUCUUCUGGAGAAGUUGCUAAGGUCUUGCCCGGGCAUAAAGGCAGUUUAUGUGCUGGUGCGACCCAAAGCUGGCCAGAAGCCCCAGGAACGAGUGGCUGAAAUGAUGAGCUGUAAGCUCUUUGACAGGGUGCGAGACGAGCAGCCGCAGUGUGCGGAGAAGCUGGUGGCGGUAAGCAGUGAACUGACACAGCCGGAGCUGGACCUGAGCAAGGAAGAUCAGGACAUGUUAAUAGACUGCAUCGAUAUAGUGUUCCACUGUGCAGCCACGGUGCGCUUCAAUGAGUCGCUUCGUGAUGCAAUGCAGUUAAACGUUAUCGCAACGCAACAGAUGUUACAUCUAGCCCAGAGGAUGAAGAAACUGGAAGUUUUCAUACACGUAUCAACCGCAUACGCCAACUGCAACCGAAAGCAUAUUGAAGAAGUAGUAUAUCCUCCUCCUGUGGAUCCAAGAAAGCUCAUAGGGUCUUUAGAAUGGAUGGAAGACAGCCUGGUGAACGACAUCACCCCGAAACUGAUAGGGGAUCGACCAAACACUUACACCUACACAAAAGCCCUGGCGGAAUAUAUAGUGCAGCAAGAAGGAAGUAAACUGAACAUCGCCAUCGUCAGACCCUCCAUUGUAGGUGCCAGCUGGAAAGAACCGUUCCCUGGCUGGAUUGAUAAUUUUAAUGGUCCAAGUGGACUCUUCAUUGCUGCAGGAAAGGGGAUCCUUCGCACAAUGAGAGCUUCCAACAAUGCCGUUGCUGACCUUAUCCCAGUGGAUGUAGUUGUGAAUCACACCGUGGCAGCCGCCUGGUAUUCUGGAGUGAAUAGGUACAGCAGGCCUAAAAAUAUCAUUGUGUACAACUGUACGACAGGAGGAACUAAUCCCUUCCACUGGGGUGAAGUUGAAUACCAUGUAAUUUCUACUUUCAAGAGGAAUCCUCUCGAACAGGCCUUCAGACGGCCCAAUGUAAAUCUAACAUCCAAUCACCUAUUAUAUCACUAUUGGAUUGCUGUAAGCCAUAAGGCCCCAGCAUUCCUGUAUGAUAUCUACCUCAGGAUGACUGGAAGAAGCCCAAGGAUGAUGAAGACAAUUACUCGUCUACACAAAGCCAUGAUGCUGCUGGAAUAUUUCACGAGUAACUCCUGGGUAUGGAGUAAUGACAAUACCAACAUGUUAAUGAACCAGCUCAGUCCAGAUGACAAAAAGGUAUUUAACUUUGAUGUUCGGCAGCUGCAUUGGGCAGAAUACAUGGAGAACUAUUGUAUGGGGACGAAAAAGUAUGUUCUCAAUGAAGAAAUGUCUGGCCUCCCCGCAGCCAGGAAGCACUUAAACAAGUUAAGGAACAUUCGCUAUGGAUUCAAUACCAUCCUUGUUGUUCUCAUCUGGCGUGUCUUCAUUGCCAGGUCACAAAUGGCAAGAAACAUCUGGUACUUUGUGGUUAGUCUGUGUUUCAAGUUUCUGUCUUACUUUCGAGCAUCCAGCACCAUGAGAUAUUGAAGACACUGGACACACUGAGUCGUUUUGGACAUCUAUGCACACAGCGGCAAACUGCACAGACUCUGUAUAACAUAAUCAGUGUACUCUCCAUGUUCUGUACAGCCGUUCAGCCAUCCUAGCUCCAGAGAACACAUUAACUUUUUUUUUGUACCUUUAGUAACAAACCGCAUAUGUCAGAUCAAGCCAGCAUUAUGCAGAACGGUUUACUGAAAUUCAACAAAAAUCCAAUUUUUUGAUAGGUGUGCCCCUAUGACCUCUGUACGUGUUUCCUCCCUAUAAUGCGCAAGUAUGUGCCUAGUGUUGAGCAUCUGGUGUUAAACACUGUUGGGUGCUAUGGUCAAGUAUCUGUACUUAGCAGGUUUACAGCAAAGAUGUGCAACUAAAACUCCCAGCAUACCCAGGCCCGUGCAGAGUAGAGGGCUCUGCUGACAGGCCAUUGUUAGUACAUAGAAGAUGAUUUUGGAAUAUCUUAGAACUUGGCUUGUGCCAUCCCUCUCUUAUUCUCCUGAAACUGUAUGAAUAAACUGACAGCUUAUCAAUAGGGUGGUCAACAGCAUCAACCCUGGUUGGACAGUGUCAGACAGUCUAUUGACAAGAGGAACUGUAAGAUCCAAUUGUUCAGGCAGAAUAACUAAGGAAUGGCAGAGAUCUAAGAAACAAUGUCCCGGAGUUGUUGUUUGCAAGUAUUUACUAGACAUGUCUGGAGACCUGGAAAGUCGUCCUUAAACCGGGCAUUGUAGUCUGCAUGCUGGCAAGGUAUGUUGGGAGGUGUGGUAUCACAACAGCAGGAAAGCCAAAGGUUGGUAACCAUUAACUCUUUACAGCUUACUCAAAGACUUGUCUGUGAAUAAGCCUGUGUUGCGUUAGCUGCCUCUUACAUCCUCUAUAAUGUUUUGGUAAAUUUUUCAUAUCCAUUUUUCUUCUUUUUGUAACUAUUUAUUUUACUUUUUGCACAUUUCCAUGUAUAACUCCACCCCCCCCCAUCCUCCUCUUCCAUACCCCCAAUUCUUUGCACUGCAUCAGUUUAACCAUAUGAAACUGUUCUGAACAUUUUUGUAGUUUUUAUAUGCACAAGGAAAUCAAUGAAUAAUGCUGUGUGAUCCCAAUUUGUUACAUAAAGUGUGUAAACCACUGAACACGUCAUUGGUUGGUUGGAAGUUUUCUUUUUGUAGUGCUUGUGUAGUCAGAAUGCUCCUUUCACUGCCUCCCUUUAGAUACAGGGCUGAAAUGAAAUAGUCCUCCCUUUAUUCACAUUUUUGGAGAGAGACCAGUUUCACUUCUAUCCAUGUUGACAUAUGCAAGCCAGAUGCAUGGUGUUGGCAUGGUGCUGGUUUAACAGAUGUCAUCAGGUCAUCUUUCUACUGUACUGUAUGUGGUUUAUACUUGCUCAGCCUAAUGUGCUUUAAGUGAUUGUAUCAGGUUAGAAAAUGUCUCUUGGAAAAGCAACAAGCCUUUCCUGGUAGUGCAGUACAGUCCCAUUUAAGUAAAUAGUGUUGCUUUACCACACACCACCUAUGGAUAAGAGUGGUGCUAUUGCAGAAAGACAGAAGACCUCUAUUUCCCCCAGAGGGGGAAUUGGCUAAUGUGGCCUGGCAACCCUGAUACAUAUUGGAUCCACCAUGGCUACCAAAAGAAAUUUCAUAACAUGCCAACCAUAAUGGCCUAAAUGUAUUAAUUUGCCUAAGGCCAAAAUGUUCUGGUUUUGCUCAUAACAAUCAAUCACAGCUUAGCUUUCCUAUCUUAAUGAGUUCUGGAAAUGAAAGUGAAUAUGUGAUUGGUUGUUGUAGGAAAACCCCGGCAGCUUUGGUUUCAGGUAGAUUGAUAAAUCUGGUCCAGUCUCUUUUGGAUAUGUCCUGUAAAGUUAGGUCCAUAGAUGUUUUAAGAACUAGUGGCAUUUACAUAUAUAUAUUCAGUGAUCACACAGAUGCACCUUUGUGCGAUGUAUACAGUGACCACCUUGUUUAACUUAUCCAGCACUGCUGUACCCUCAUAGUUUUCUCCUGCAAUUUGUGACUAGGUGCCACUGUACAGGGAAAAACAAUGAAGGACUCUGACCACCUCUUUCUCAGGGUCAGUAGGGGGUACAGAGUCUGCGCUUCUACAAUUCUUAAAAUAGCGGUAUAUCCUAAUAAUAAUAAUAUCCUAGUGAUAUAUCAUCAUUUAAGGGGGUAUGCUGGUAUUUUUAUAAAAAUUUUCUAUACUGCAGAGGCCAUAGAAAAAAGGAACUAUACUUGCUAUCCUCCCCCUCCCAUUCACCUCUGUCUGGUCCCCCCAUUGCUUUUGUCGUCUUCCUGCUUCUGAGACGACUGCUUGGUAAAGGAGCUGCCUGCUCAGCCUAUUACUGGCUGCAAUGGUGUCUUGGCAAGUGAUUGGCUGAGCAUUUGGGUCCUAAUCUGGGCACUCCUCUUGGAAGCAGGAAGAAGACUGAAGCAUCGGGGGGCCAGACGUUGCCAAGCUGCAAGUCACCGUUUUUUUAUUAUUAUUAUUAUUAUUUAUUUUUUCUAAGGCCCCAGCAGUAUGUAUAUUUAUGGGAAUACCAUUAAGAUGGGGGAAAAUGUAAAUGUAAUUGGGUUGUCAGGGUUUAAAAAAAAUAAAAAAAAACUGUCUGCCUUCACCCACCAAAUCCUAAAAAAGCAUUGCCACUUUUGCCCAUAGCUAGUCUGUUAUUGUAGGUAAUGGGCACCAAGCUUUGAUAUCAGACACGGCCCAUGAGCAAGGAGGGUUCCUGUAAGAAGUACCAGUACUAUAUGGGAUGGUGAGUGUAACAGAGCUGUGAAGUGUGAAUGCCCAGUUAAUUGUUGUAUGAUCAUGUAGGAUUUUAAAAGAAAAGUCUAUAAUAAAUUGUUUUCCACUUUGAUGUGUGUCUGUAAGUGCCCCGGGCAUGUGGUUUGUCGGUCCAUUCACAUGGUGCAGAACCUUUUACCUUAAUCAAUGUUCCAACAUUAACCAUGACUCCAAAACUCUCCAAAUAUCAUUACCUGUGCUUACAUGUUGUGCAAUGCUAAUCCACAAGACACCUUAUUUUCUGCAGGUGUGGAUCUAAUCUGGAGAACAUUACGAGUGCUUCUGUGUGGAAGCUCAGCGGUUUUCAAUAAUAUAUAAAAAAUAAAAAAAAUGUCAUUGCUCUUCUUUUUUCAGAGUUGUAUAGCAUUUAAUUCUCUUGUCUAGCCCCCAUGGUCCAGGACCACACUUUAGAGUGAGAGACCGUGGUUGGCUAUGAAAAAAAAAUUAAAUAAAUUAUGACUUUUUGUGACAA